AUGUCAGAAAACAGCUUGAACAAGAAGGCAGAUGAGGCUCAACAGCUACCAAGAGCUCAAAGAACACGCUUCUCAACUACUUCUCUUGUCAAGAUCCUAUUCGUUUUACUCUCCUUCGCUAUUCUUAUUUGGACCUUUCAGGGACACCUUUCCCGUCGCCUGAGCAGCUAUACACGAACCGCUGAGGAGCCAGACUUGGUCACCGAACUUCCUCAGAGGGACCAAACCCCUGACAUCAGAUGCUACUUCUCCACCAAACGCUAUGACAUCCAGAGUGGCAUGACUGCAUGCUACCCUACCUCCGGCGGCAUAUGGCUCGCAGAGCUCGGCCCUGUCGAGCUACAAUAUCUAGGCAUCAACCGAUUUGAUUCCACUGAGCGGUCCUGGAAUGAAGCUGAAGAAGAUCAGUUCUGCCAUGAGCUUCGAAAGUUUGGCGGUUGUUGGCACAACCCAAAGUCGCCUUAUGAUCUGUGGAUCGGCGGAUUGUGCAGUGAUCUUUAUGAAUUGGAGCCGGUCUUCUCGAUUGACCGCAGGGUCGCAUUUCCUGCGAAGGGAGGUGUAUGGGUUCUUAGUAGAGAUGAGGAGACUAGAAGGUUUCCGCGUGGAAUAGUCGGUGUCAAUAAUGCAUUGACAAUGGAGGAGCGCUCGAUGGUUUUAGAAAGACUGGGAGCGGUUUACUGCGAUGACGUUGCCGAAUGCCAUCUACUCGAUGACCUCAAGAAGGAACCACGAGACCUUGCUGGCAAUCAAGACCUUUGA